AAUGCACUAGUGGAGAAUGAGGAUCUUUGCAGCCGGAUAUCUAACCUGGAAGAUGUGUACCCUAGGGUGGAGGCGAACAUCAAAGAGGGAGAAGAGAAGGUGCGGAAGAGGAAGCUUUUGAAGGGGGAAGAUGACAGCUUUAUGGUGGGGGAUAAAGUGCUGAGAAAGAACAUUCGUCAGGAACGGGGAGAAGGGGGGGAAAUUGGAGUCCGACUUACUGGGUCCAUUUGAAAUAACAAAAAUCGACGACAAAAGUGCUGAUCUAAAAAACCGUAAAGGAAAUAUCAUGGAAAAGAUCAACAUUGACCUCCUAAAAAAAUAUGUGGAACCACAGCCACGCAUCCCCGCCAAAUGGAUUGCCAUUGCCACUGCUUCCACUCCUCCUGCAGAACCACAGCUUAGCCCUUUCAGCUGUGUUACAGUUCCCCAAUCACCCACUUUCACACCUAGUCCACGAACAGACCCCUUGUCCUCUGAUCUCAGCAAGAUGGUCGACUCAACUGACAACAGACCCUCAAUGUCAGUCACUCCAAAGGAAUUAAUAGCUGAAAUCUGGUCAGGUCAACGGCAAGGUGUGCUGUGGAGCAAAGUUGGGCCGUACAAAAUAUUUGCCGCUGGCCUGCAGAAUCUGGCCCCCGGAAAGGAGGUAGAGAGUGAGGUUUUGAAUGCAUUCAUUCAUGCCGUAAUUGGGAGGCAAGAUCCAACUGAAAGCAGGGCUUUUCUUGUUGACCCCUUCCAAAUGACAGCGAUGUGGCAAAGAUCAUACAGGGGAUUAACCAAGCUUGACCCAAUGGCAUAUGAUGUACUGAUAGGACCAGUCAGUGACAAACAUCACUGGACUCUUGUGGUCAUCUAUCCAAAGCAGAAAAGGGUUAUUUACAUGGACCCCCUAGGUGAAACCACUGACCACAUCAACAAAUGCAGGAAUAUCACAAGGCAAGUCAUAAACCAGUGGUAAUAUCAUAAAAAGUUGUAGGUUACAAGUAGCAACAAUUUUGCUGUUCUAU